UAGCCAAUCAGAGGGGUUGGUGUUGGAGUGUGAGCGGGUUGCUGCGAUCUAGGGAAGAGAGCCGCCGGGAUGGGGCUUCUCGCCGCGCUGACGCGGGGCCUGGUGCGGGGCGCGGACCGCAUGGCCGAGUUCACCAGCAAGCGCGGUUCGCGGUUCCACAACCCAGGCCGGGGCUGCAAGCGCAUAGGCUUCUUGAGGAAGGACCGUAAGUUUUGCUUGAUCCAGGAGAUGAUCCCCGAAUUCGUGGUCCCGGACCUGACGGGGUUCAAGCUCAAGCCCUACGUGUCCUACAAGGCUCCUGAAGGGGAAGUGGCCGCGCUGACCGCCAAGCAGCUCUUCAUGGACAUCAUUGCCCCCCAGAUCGAGAAGGAUGUGAAAAAUGGGACCUUUGACCCGGAUAACCUGGAGAAGUACGGGUUCGAGCCCACGCAGGAGGGCAAGCUCUUCCAGCUGUUCCCCAAGAACUACGUACGCUGAAAGCACCCCUGCCUGCUUCCCCCUGGCUCACAGGAUUAAAAGAAGGGCUGCAGAUGUUUAAAGACUGCAAACUUUGCCCCUGUUUCCAUGUUGAAUGGAGGGACAUCUUGCAGAAGGAAGAAUGCUGCCCUUUUCACUAGGAUCAGCUUUUAAUAGACACCGAGCUGGGCUGUGUAAAGCCUGAUAUUCCAAAAAUAAUGGUAAUAAAGUAACUAAACUAAUUCCUGA